GGAAAGAAAUCUGGCAGCGCCGUUGAUGAAGAAGAAGAUGAAGAUCAUCGGAGACAAAAUGAAGUUACUCCAGGGUGAUGAAGCACAGGCCAUGGAGGAGGAAGAAGAAGAAGAAAGGCACUCCCAAGAAAUCCCUUUUCUGAGCAACAAAACAUCUUUGCGGGCGCGCAUCAAAGCAUUCAUUGUGGAGUACAAUAACGAUAAUGGAAAUCGAAACAAUUACAAACAGCUCCCCAAAUCCCAGACAAAGUCAGAUGAAGAAGAAGAACCUGCUGAAGUUCUUCCUGGAAACUCAAACAUGGAUGAUAACGACGAAGAAGAAGAAAACCAGAACCUGAUCAAAGAUGACGACUUUGAACAUGAGUUGCUUUUGAUAAAGAUCAUGCAGGACCAUUUAAAUUCCAAUGGAAAAUCAAGAUUAGUAAAGUCUGGAUCUUUUCCUAGCUGCGAUAGCAAGAGAGGGAUGUUUAAACCCCUACAGCUAAGAGACAAAUACAACGAAAUUUGGCAUCACCAGAAACGAAGAAGUUCGGAUCUCUUGGCCAUUGAUGAUGAUGAGGAGGAGAAAUGUCAUAAAAAUGCAGAAAUUGAGGACAAGAAGGAUAGGAGUUGGAGGAAGUUAGCUGCCCACAGAAGAAGCUCUUCGUUAAACGAAUCGCUCGAAAGAUAUUCAAGGCUAUAUGAACAUAGUUCUGGGAAGGAACUGAAAUUGAACCCUUCCAAGAGCUUAAAGGCGGUUCCUUUCACAAGAACGCGUUCUCUAUCGAACGUCGAGUCAAUUUUUCCCCUCCAGAUUGAAACACUUGAUAGUGCUCUGUUUUCGUUUCAUCCCACCGGGAAAGCAGAGGAAAAAGAUGUAUCUAUUGAUGGAAAUCAAGCAGCGAAAUGUGAUGGUUUCUUGAAUGCAAAUACAGUUGAUGAAACUGAUCAUGACAUGGAAGCAGCCUCGGAUGACAUUAUACUUUCGAAUCUGGAUUCUUCGGCACUUGAAUCUUGUUUCCAAGAACAAUUAUCAACAGAGGAAGACUAUGGAAUCUGCAGAGAAGCUAAGAUGACAGAUGAUCCAGACCUUAGUUAUGUGAUGGCCAUUCUGGAGUGCUCGGGCUUCACCCAGAACUUCUUCCAUGGAAAAUGGCACUCAAGAGACCAACCGCUAAGCCCCUCAGCCAUGGAAGAAGCCGAAGCUCGCUGGCAUGGCGAAGAAGACAGAGACGAAGACCUCUGCAACCAGCACCACAAGAUGCUGUUUGAUUUGGCGAAUGAGGUGUGUGUUGAGAUCUAUGACAGAUCAUUCCCAUACUACCCUGCAGCCUUGUCUUCUUGUUGCAAGAUUCGAUCUCUGCCAACGGGAAAACAUAUCAUCCAAGAAAUUUGCUCCAGUGUUAGUUCACGGCUGAGCUUAGAGCCAGAAAUGAAGCAGACACUUGAGUGCGUAGUCGGCCGAGAUCUUGAGAAGAGCUAUGGUUGGAUGAAUCUGCAGCUAGAGAGUGAGUUUGUGGCACUUGAGGUUGAGGACAUGGUUUUUGAUGAUCUUUUGGAUGAAAUUUCACUUGCUCUUUCUUCCUCAAUUGGCUGAUUUUCACACCUUGAUGCAGCCAAAAAUAUAUAGAAUUAUAGAUAUACACACACUUUCUGGACAACACUUGUAGAUGAAUUUAUGAGUUAGGGUGUAUUGUAUAUAAAGAACUGUAGAAUCU